CAUGGCUACACUGACAUUUGCAUUUUGCUUGGCUUGUUUCGGAAAUUUCCAAUUCUUUAAGAAAAAAUAAAAUUUAAUUUAUUUUAAACAAAAAAAUCCAACAAGAAACCAAAAAAUGGCUCGACGUGGAGCACAAGCUGAAGAUUUAUCAAAUGUUGAAUUUGAAACUAGCGAAGAUGUUGAAGUUAUACCCACAUUCAAUUCGAUGAACCUCAAAGAGGAACUCUUGCGGGGUAUCUAUGCAUACGGUUUCGAAAAGCCAUCGGCAAUUCAACAAAGAAGUAUUAAGCCAAUUGUAAAAGGACGCGAUGUUAUUGCCCAAGCACAAUCAGGUACAGGUAAAACGGCGACAUUUUCCAUUUCCAUAUUACAAAGUUUGGAUACAACACUGCGUGAGACACAAGUUUUGUGUCUCUCGCCAACUCGUGAAUUGGCUGUACAAAUUCAAAAGGUUAUACUUGCUUUGGGCGAUUUCAUGAAUGUUCAAUGUCACGUUUGCAUUGGUGGCACUAAUUUGGGUGAAGAUAUCAGGAAAUUGGAUUAUGGACAGCAUAUUGUUAGUGGAACACCAGGUCGUGUAUUUGAUAUGAUUAAAAGGAGAGUUCUUCGAACAAGAGCAAUCAAAAUGUUGGUUCUCGAUGAAGCCGAUGAAAUGUUGAACAAAGGGUUCAAAGAACAAAUUUACGAUGUCUACAGAUAUUUGCCACCAGCAACACAAGUUGUGUUGAUUUCGGCAACACUUCCUCAUGAAAUCCUUGAGAUGACCUCAAAGUUCAUGACAGAUCCAAUUCGUAUACUUGUAAAACGUGAUGAAUUGACAUUGGAAGGAAUCAAACAAUUCUUCGUAGCUGUCGAACGUGAAGAAUGGAAAUUCGAUACUUUGUGUGACCUCUAUGACACUCUAACAAUCACACAAGCCGUUAUAUUCUGCAACACCAAACGUAAGGUCGAUUGGUUGACUGAGAAAAUGCGUGAAGCUAAUUUCACAGUUAGCUCCAUGCACGGUGACAUGCCACAAAAAGAACGUGAUGAAAUUAUGAAGGAAUUCCGCGCUGGACAAAGUCGUGUUCUCAUCACAACAGAUGUCUGGGCUCGUGGUAUUGAUGUACAACAGGUAUCGUUGGUCAUCAACUAUGACCUGCCGAAUAAUCGUGAGUUGUACAUUCAUCGUAUUGGUCGUUCGGGUCGUUUCGGACGCAAGGGUGUCGCAAUUAAUUUCGUCAAAUCUGACGACAUUCGUAUUCUUCGAGAUAUUGAACAAUACUACUCAACGCAAAUCGAUGAAAUGCCAAUGAACGUGGCUGAUUUAAUUUAAAUUCCAAAACAAAAACAUUUAUCACCUUCUAUAAUGAAUUUUAAUUUUAUAAAUAUUUAAAACUCUCAAUAAAUUGUAUUCAUUUUUUUUUCAUUAAACUAUGUUUAAUA